GGUCGCCCACUCGCCGCAACACUUCUCGGUCAUCAUAGUGUAAAGGCCAGGUGCCGCCCCUCUAGGCCUCUUAGGGAGUUUCCCGCGCUCCACAACUCGGUAUUAUUAUCUUUCGUGCUUUUUGCGUCUAUCAAAAAGUCCCAGUCUUAAUCUUCAAAAUUCUGAACCACAAUUCUUACUUUAUUACUGUUGCACCAUUUUCAGCCAUAUUUGAUUUGUGGGUAUUCAAGAAAUUGAAAAAUUACCGAACAAAAGUUCUGAAAUUUGGUGUCUUUUUCAUCUAGGCGAUUCAGAUUCUAGUUAAUCAAUGCAGUUUAGGUUAAUCCCAUAUCGAAUAUACUGUACAAGUGUUGCAAUUUCCUCCACUUCGCAAAUUUCUCGGUAUGCCCGUAUCGGUCAAAUCGAGAAUGCCAGGAGGCUGUUUGAUCAAAUGCAUGAUAAAAGCAUUGUCGUUUGGAACUCAAUUGUUGCCGGGUAUUUCCAAAAUUCUCAGCCCCGUGAAGCCCGGAUUUUGUUUGAUAGAAUGCCGGAGAGGAAUACUGUAUCUUGGAACGGAUUGAUAUCGGGGUAUAUAAAGAAUGGGAUGGUCACUGAAGCUAAAAAUAUAUUUGAUAUGAUGCCUGAAAGGAAUGUUGUUUCAUGGACAGUUAUGGUUAGGGGAUAUCUUCAGGAGGGUAUGAUUUCAGAGGCGGAAACACUCUUUUGGCAAAUUCCUGAAAAGAAUGUUGUGUCCUGGACGGUGAUGUUAGGUGGUCUAAUUCAAGAGGGUCGGGUUGAUGAGGCUCGUCAGCUUUUUGAUAUGAUGCCCGAGAAGGAUGUGGUGGCGAGGACUAGCAUGAUUGGAGGGUAUUGUCAGGAAGGCCGGCUGGCUGAAGCUCGUGAGAUUUUUGAUGAGAUGCCACGUAGGAACGUGAUUACUUGGACAGCAAUGAUUUCUGGGUAUGUUCAUAACCAGCGGGUCGAUGUUGCUAGGAAGCUUUUUGAAGUGAUGCCAGAGAAAAAUGAGGUGUCAUGGACAGCGAUGCUGAUGGGGUACAUUCAAUGUGGGCGGAUAAAAGAAGCUUCAGAGCUUUUUGAUGCAAUGCCAGUGAAGUCAAUUGUUGUUUGUAAUGCAAUGAUCCUUGGAUUUGGCCAUAAUGGGGAGGUAGCUAAAGCAAGGUGGGUGUUUGACCAAAUGAAGGAGAAAGAUGAUGGGACGUGGAGUGCAAUGAUAAAGGCUUAUGAAAGGAAAGGAUUUGAAUUGGAAGCUCUUAAUUUAUUUGAUAUGAUGCAAAGAGAAGGAUUUAGGCCAAACGUUCCUUCUUUGAUCAGUGUUCUUUGUAUUUGUGCCAGCCUGGCAAGUCUUGAUCACGGUAAACAGGUACAUGCCCAGUUGGUGAGAUCCAAAUUUGAUCUUGAUGUGUAUGUUGCCUCGGUUUUGAUCACAGUGUAUGUUAAAUGUGGCAACCUUGUGAAUGCAAAGCUGGUGUUUGACAGGUUUGCUCCCAAGGAUAUUGUUAUGUGGAAUUCUAUCAUUACAGGUUAUGCCCAACAUGGUUUAGGAGAGGAAGCUUUGCAGGUUUUCCAUGAGAUGUGCUCUUUGAACAUUUUGCCAGAUGAUGUCACCUUUGUCGGAGUUCUUUCGGCAUGUAGCUACACCGGAAAGGUUAAAGAAGGGCAUGAAAUUUUUGAGUCGAUGAACUCCAAAUAUCAAGUGGAGCCAAGAACUGCACACUACGCUUGCAUGGUUGAUCUGCUUGGCCGAUCAGGCCAGGUAAAUGAGGCAAUGAAUUUAAUUGAGAACAUGCCUGUGGAGGCAGAUGCUAUUGUUUGGGGUGCUUUAUUAGGUGCAUGUAGAACCCACAUGAAGUUGGAUUUGGCUGAAGUUGCGGCGAAGAAACUAGUACAGCUUGAGCCUGAAAAUUCCGGGCCUUAUAUUUUGCUAUCAAAUAUUUAUGCUUCCAAAGGUAAGUGGAGUGAUGUUGCAGACCUGAGGAAAAGAAUGAGAGCAAGGAGUGUGAGCAAGUCACCCGGCUGUAGCUGGAUUGAGGUGGAGAAGAAAGUUCAUAUGUUUACUGGGGGAGAUGGCAUGGGCCACCCUGAGCAGGAAAUUAUCAUGAGAAUGUUGGAGAGAUUAAGUGGAUUGUUAAAAGAAGCUGGGUACUGUCCUGAUGGCAGUUUUGUGCUGCAUGAUGUGGAUGAAGAAGAGAAGGUGCAUAGCCUGGGGUAUCAUAGUGAGAAACUGGCUGUUGCAUAUGGACUCCUAAAGGUGCCAGAAGGAAUGCCCAUUCGAGUGAUGAAGAAUCUUCGGGUUUGUGGGGACUGCCAUUCUGCAAUCAAAUUAAUGGCGAAAGUAACAGGGAGGGAGAUCAUUUUGAGGGAUGCUAAUAGAUUUCAUCAUUUUAAGGACGGAUUGUGUUCUUGCAGAGACUAUUGGUGAUUCAACAGACUAAUGUUCAUCAAUAGAUUCAAGGAUAGUUGUACUGUUA